GCAGACUGAUCAUGGAAUCUGAGAAUCUCCUACCUUGACUAGGUAGCAAAGUCAAGAUUUGAAUCCAAGUCCAGAAGAGCUCAUUCCAAUUUGACCCACUACCUAAGGAGCUUUUUAGUCUUCAACCAUCAUGUUUGUUUCCAUUACAGGACCAGACACCUUCUGUGGACAUUGAAAACCAGUUUACCCAUGCCUAUUUCCUGUGAUGGACGAAUCUGACAUUAAUGUGAGUUCCGGGGAGGGUUUCAGGUAUGCAGAGAAGAUUGGACUGCUCAUCUUUCUUUCUGCAGUCAUCCUAAUGGCCAUACUGGGGAACCUAUUGGUGAUGGUGGCUGUGUGCAGGGACAGACAACUCAGGAAAAUCAAGACAAAUUAUUUCAUUGUCUCCCUGGCCUUUGCGGAUUUGCUUGUUUCUGUACUGGUCAUGCCCUUUGGUGCCCUUGAACUGGUCCAAGAUGUCUGGAUUUAUGGCGAAAUGUUUUGCUUGGUCCGAACAUCUCUAGAUGUUCUGCUCACCACAGCCUCAAUUUUCCACCUGUGCUGCAUUUCACUAGACAGGUACUAUGCCAUCUGCUGCCAGCCUUUGGUGUAUAGGAACAAGAUGACCCCACUGCGCAUCACCCUAAUGCUCGGAGGCUGUUGGGUAAUCCCCAUGUUUAUUUCUUUCCUCCCCAUAAUGCAACGCUGGAAUAACAUUGGCAUAAUAGACUUGAUAGAGAAGAGACAGUUUGACCAGGACUCAAACUCCACCUACUGUAUUUUCAUGGUCAACAAGCCCUAUGCUAUCACGUGCUCUGUGGUGGCCUUCUAUAUCCCUUUUAUCCUGAUGGUCUUGGCUUACUACCGCAUUUACAUCACAGCCAAGGAGCACGCCCACCAGAUCCGGCUCCUUCAGCGGGCCGGAGCCCCGGCAGAGGGCCGCCGAGAGCCCCCCGAUCAGCACAGCACCACCCAUCAUCGCAUGAAGACCGAGACCAAGGCCGCCAAGACCCUGUGCAUCAUCAUGGGCUGCUUCUGCCUCUGCUGGGCCCCGUUCUUUGUCACCAACAUCAUUGACCCAUUUGUGGGUUACAGCGUCCCUGCCCAGCUCUGGACCACCUUCCUCUGGCUCGGUUAUAUUAACUCGGGCCUCAACCCUUUUCUCUAUGCUUUCCUGAAUAAAGCCUUUCGUCGAGCUUUCCUUAUCAUUCUGUGCUGUGAUGAGGAACGUUAUCGGAGACCUUCUAUCCUGGGUCAGACAGUCCCUUGUUCUACCACUACUGUCAAUGGGUCCACACACGUGCUAAGGGAAGAGAGAGAGAGAGAACAUCACCGCUCUAAUGAAACAAUGCAUCUGGCGGCGAGCCAUCCCCCAGAGUCAAUCAAGGUGCCCCACUGUUCUGAGAGUCACAGCCGAUGACCAAGAAGCAGGAGCCCCCAGAACUGUUGGGGGAAUCCUGGGGUUUGGACACUUGCCAAAAGUGAAGAGGCGAUGUGACACGAAUGCACAGGCAGCCCAGGACAGCGGAAAGGAGUCUAAAUUCCCUGUGGUCUGGUAGAUAGCAGAAAAGGGCUCUGCUCCUUCUUUACUUCCUAUGGCAAAAAACACCUGCUGACUACAUAUCCCUUGAGACCUCAGUUGUUUGUGUUGUGAACCAAAGCCGAACCAAAGGAGACUUUGGGUUGCUGGUUCCUUCUUCAGAGGAAGAUACUAUCAGAUUCCAUUUCCUGAGAAUGUUAUGCACUGGUUCCUCCUUCAAAGGAAGAUUUGGGAUGGGCCCAUCUUCAGAAGCUGCUUACUUCUUCCAAGAAUGACAUAGGCUGACUCCAUCUCCCUGAAAAUAUUCUGAGCAGCGAUUCUGGCUAGAACUGUGAAUAGACAACUUGAGCUCAAUUUUCAGGAGCAGCCACAGUCUAAAUUUUGGUCCAAAGGCAAUGCCCAGGAGAACAUGAAAGAUCAUCCGAAUGUUAUGCAUGAUUUUCAGUUCUGUGCUGUUCUGUGAUGUCCAUGAAAACAGACCUAUUGUCUCUCUUCUCUCAGGUCUUCUACAUUAGUGUUUUUUGGCUUUUAACAUUUGUAGCUUUGGGGGAGGGGGUUGUUGUUGUUGUUGUUUGCUUCUCUAGUUAUCGUGAUUAUUUUUUAAUAUGUCUCUCUCUUGUAGCCACACAAAGGCAAAAUAAAGAAACUAGGAGAGA